AUAACUCCUUUUGUACCUUCAAUUAUAUGGUAUUAACUGAGAUAACAUAGAAAAAAUACUAUCAUCCGUCCUUAAUUACAAGUGAUAUCAAUAUGGCACGGAGAACUGGUGCAAUGAAAUUAGCCAAACUUCGUGAACUGAUGGAAACUGUUCCAGUUGGUGGUAUUAAAGGAAAGGGUAUCCAAGCUCUGAUUGUAGAUUCAGUGGAUGCUCAUCAGUCAGAAUAUUUGAGAAAACGUGAUAAAAGAGUACAGUUCAUCAGUAGCUUCACUGGCUCUUUUGGUACUGCAAUUGUUACACCAAAUGAAGCUUUGUUAUGGACAGAUGGAAGAUAUUACAUGCAGGCUUUAGCAGAAUUUGAUCCACCGGAAGCUUGGACACUUAUGAGAGAAGGUUUAUUGGAUACUCCGACAAGAGCAGCAUGGUUGGUUUCUAAUUUACCACCUAAAUCUACUGUUGGUGCAGAUUCCAAUUUAAUGAGUUAUAUUGACUGGGCAGUUUUACAUGCCAGUUUAACUGCUGCUGGUCAUUGCUUGAUGCCACUCGACGAGAAUUUAAUCGACAAAGUUUGGGGCGAUGAACAGCCUGGCGCUACAGAUAAUAUUGUUUUACCACAACCACUGAAGUUUUCAGGGUCUACUGUAGGGGACAAAGUCAGGAUUUGCAAAGAAGAUAUGAGUAAGAACAAAGCAAAAGCGCUUGUAAUCACUGCUUUGGAUGAAGUAGCAUACAUUUUAAACUUAAGAGGAUCCGAUAUACCUUAUAAUCCUGUUUUCUUUGCUUACGUCAUUCUUACAUUAAACGAGUUACAUUUGUUCAUUGAAAAGAGCAGAGUUAACGAAGAAGCUCAGCAACAGCUGACAGAUGAAGGGGUAAAUGUAGUUUAUCAUGCGUACAACGAUAUACAUGUGUUUCUGAAGGAAAUUGCAAGUUCAUGUACAAGCGAUGAAAAAAUAUGGAUAAGCAAUGGUUCUAGCUAUGCUUUACACACCGAUUGCGGUGAAACGAAAAAACAUGUUGCUAUUACACCGAUAAGUGUUAUGAAAGCUAUAAAGAAUGACGUCGAGAUAGAAGCAAUGAAGGCCGCACACAUUCGGGACGCCGUUGCGCUCGUAAAAUACUUUGCUUGGUUGGAAGAUCAGAUUAAAAAUAGGAAGGAAAUUAUUACAGAAGUAUCUGGAGCGACGCGGCUUGAGAAAUUUAGACAGGAACAGAAAUAUUUCAAGGGACUCAGCUUUCCAACGAUAUCCUCGGUUGGACCUCAUGGUGCGAUAAUCCAUUAUUUACCAACAGCCGAAACAGAUGUACCGAUCACUGACAAAGAAUUGUAUCUUUGCGAUUCGGGUGCGCAAUACCAAGAUGGUACCACAGAUGUCACGAGAACGUUACAUUUUGGUAAUCCUACAAGUUUCGAACGUGAAUGCUUUACAAGAGUAUUCAAAGGGCAGUGCCGUCUCUCCAGGACUAUCUUUCCUUUAAUGAUACAAGGAAAUUAUCUUGACACACUUGCCCGUGAGAAUUUAUGGAGUGUAGGUCUUAAUUAUCUUCAUGGUACUGGGCAUGGAGUGGGUUCAUAUCUUAAUGUUCACGAAGGGCCAAUUGCCAUUUCUUGGAGACAAUAUCCUAAUGACCCAGGCUUGCAACCUGGCAUGUUUCUUUCAAAUGAACCAGGAUACUACGAGGACGAGAAGUUUGGCGUUAGACUCGAAAAUAUAGAAUUGGUAGUAAAGGCAAAUACACCAUAUAAUCAUAAGAAUCGUGGUUUCCUUACUUUCGAGACCGUUACACUGGUGCCUAUACAGACAAAGUUACUCGAUGUUUCCUUAUUAACGGACGAUGAGAUCGAAUAUUUGAAUAAUUACCAUGCAAAGUGUUUGAAUAUCUUAAGACCUCUAUUGCAAGGACUAGAGAAUGUAAACGCACUUGAAUGGCUAGAAAGAGAAACUAAGCCAAUUUCAAAAUGA